AUGUCUCAGUCUUUCGGUGCGCAGCCACACGAACGCGAGGCGAGGAAAGCGAAUGGCGUGCCGGGAGUCUCUGCCUUUGGCGAAAAUGCGACGGAGGAACGCCCCGAGAAUGCGGAUAGGCGAACGCAGCAGACCGGGCCAGCGCCACUUCGAGCGGGGAGUUGCGCGAACCACACCGAAGACGCGCCUUGGAUGCAACGCGCCGCCACGCCCCUCACAGUCGUUGGAGCCGGACGCGAACCCUUCGUUGCGCUGUACGAGGAAGUCACACAGGCGGCAAAACGCCACAGAAAAAGCUGCGAUGAACUCACCCGAAACCUCGAUCUCCUCCUCGAGGUCAUUGUUGAGUCGAAAGAUCAGAUUCGCGCCGCAGCCAUUGCAGCCGAGGCACAAAAGUGCCGGGCAGAUCCUUCGAGCUUCGCCGCGACGGACGCGCUCCCUGGGACUUCGGUGCCUCCCCGUCCCUUUCUUGCACCGUCUCAAAAUGACACCAAAACGGAGCCUUCUGGCCCGCGUCGCUUCUUGACGUCAUCGAACAACGCGGGGCCGACUGCUGGAGGAGGUUCUUGUCCUGUUCCCUCGCCUCUCCCUGCCUCUCCUCCGUCUCUCCCUUCGCGCGAGGAGGCCGAAGGCGGGCUGAGGGCGGGAGAGAGUGCCGAGACUGCCAGUGGAGAACAACCCAACUCGGCACAGCGGGGAGUGAAGUGCGAGCGAGAUGACCCGACGUCGAGGGAAGCCGGUCUUGACAGCAAAGGCGCCUCCGCUCCUCUCGCGUCUGUUGGCGGGGACGUGGCGGCUGCGGGCUCGGCGCAGGGCGUUCUCCCACCCACUCCGCAGUCUGCAAAAGUCUGGGCGGCACAGGGAGCUGAGACAGACCCGCUCCCUUCGUUUUCCUCAGUGACGGAGGCGAUUCGAAGCCUCCAGAAGAAAGUGCAAGCUCUAGAUGUGACGCACACUCUGGCGGAAACGUAUAAAGAGCAGCAGCUGACUCUGAACGGCGUCGCGCGGGCGAUCGACCGGCUUAUUCCCGGAGACCCAGCGCCCGCAACUCGCGUGCUUCCGCCGCCACCCGAGCAGCAGCUCUUCUUUGCUCUCCACGCUCGAAACGAACAAGCAGCUGCGGCAAAAAAGGCAGCUAACCAGCAGACACAAACAGAGGACCGAGACACCGAUGCAGCUAGCCAGGGUUGCGCGAUGCCUGCGUCUUCUCAGGGCCAGCGUAGGGGGGCACAGACGCACGAGGCGAGCGGGGUAGCCGCACCUGCAGGAGGACGAGGAGAGGAAGAUGGGGGCGGAGAGCAACGAAGAAGGAUGGAGACCGAAGGAAGCAGAGGGACAUGGCGAGGCACCCUUUGCGGUCCUGUCGCUGAAGGCAUUGAUGCUGGACAGAGAGGCAGAAACGGAGCAGACACAACCCUCGAGGCUGUGUGGCGAAGAAAGAGUCAAGCCGGUGAAGAGACGCCUUCAGUUGGGCUAGAAAGCCAGCACCCUACAGGCGUUUUUCUCCUCACUCACGGCAGGUCGCCCUCAAGUUUUCAUCGGGAGGAAGGCUUCGGACAGCGUUUCUGUGUCCGGCAACACCUCAUGGAGAGUGAAGAUCUGCUGCUGGCCAAGCUGCUUGCUCUCCACUUCCUCCACUGCGGCUGGUUCGACAUCUACGCGCAGUUUUGUGCCGAACAACAGCUUAUCUUUGAGGCCGUUCAUUGUCCGUGUGUGGACUGUUGCGGCUGGUCCCGUUUCACGAGUCUCGCGAGUCAGACGGAUGAGGGAGGGCAGACUUCGAGGAAAAACAGCUCCGAGGAAAUCGGAAACCGGCACCUCGACGAGAGAGAAGAGACCUGGGCCACGGAGAGUGCCGAGAGAGACCCAGGAAGUCUCCGUGCGCGGAAACGUGGCGAGGAAGAGACAGGCUCAGACGGGGAAAACGCCUCGCAGAACAGCAAGCUCCGAUUUGCUUUCCACGUUCUUCCUCCUUCCAACGAAGGCGCAGAAAUUGCUCUCGCCUCGACGUCGAGAGCUUCCCGGGAUGAGGCGGGGCGCGACGAAACCCAGGCGAAGGAAGUCGACGGAGAGACAGGACAUGCAUCGACGUAUGGCGGCCCGCUGUCGCUUGCUUGGCCUCACACAGCGCCUCCAUCGGUGAAGACUGCGGUGCCGCUUAGACCAGAGGGGCUUUCCUGUCCUUCCGAAGGCGGCGGAGGCGCCGCCAGCUCUCGGCCCAGUUGCCUUUCCUCGGGAUCGUUUUCGGUUGCUUUCCUCAGCCCCGCCGACACCACGGCGGGUGCCCGCAGCUCAGAGGACAGGGCCGCGCGGCCCGGCGGUCUCGGAGACACCCAGGGGCCAGAGGGGGGCGUGUGGGGAGCCGCGGAGCGUCGGGGAGGGGCUGUGGAGAGCGCGCAGAAACACCAACACGAGGAGAGACCAACGGAGGCGAGGAGUGCAUGCCUUCCGCAAGAAGCCUGGUGGGGGCCCAGACGGUCAACCAGGAAGCCUGGAAGGCUCCAGCUGCUGCCUGGAGAGGUCGAGGCUGCUUACGUGCAACUGCACGAGUUCCUGUCUCUUCUUUCCGCUCCUGCGUCGUCGAUCGAGGAGGCGCUGCUGUACUCACGUAGCCACCUGGCUCCUCUGUGGCGCUACCACAAGGCCGACGUCUGCCGCCUGAUGGGGUGCGUUGCUUUCUUCGGCCGGCGAUCGGCCAAACGCGAAAACGAAGCGUUUGUUUCUUCCUCCUUUCCUUCACAAACCGGAGACACCGAGGCGCCCCCGUCGGAAAGCCCGCGAGGAACCAAGGAAACCGAGAGAGUGUCUGGCUGCCCACCAGGCGAGGUUGUCUCUUUGGACGCUUCGUUCUCUGGAGAUCCUAGACAGCUAGCCCCUCACCUAGGCAACGCAGCCGCCAGACCGGAGGGCGGGAGCAACGGUGGAACUGGCGUUUCCAGUGCUGGUCUCUCGUCCUCUUGCAGCCAAGGGGGGGAGAGCUCGGCGGGACGAGGGUCUCUGCUUGUGAGUGGCGAGAACCGCGAAUGUGCUUCUGCGUCUUUUCUGCCUUCUUCCGACGCCGCGGGUCGGGAAGGCGAUGUUUCGGCAGCGCCGGAGAAGGAAGAACCACAAGACGAAACGGCGCCGCCUCUGGCCGAGGCCACGCCGUACAAAGACCUCGUGUCUGAAGCGGAGUGGACCCGAGUGCUGAAUCUGUUCCGGCGGGCCUUUUGCGAAAUAGGGCUGCUUCUGCCUGUCUGUCGGCCGGCUUCUUCCCCUGGCAGUCGGCCAGACGAGCCGCUCGCGGAGAGUCAGUUCCGCGUCUCUGAGGACCGAAACGCGUCUGUGGUUUUAUCAGCGCAUGCGUCGCCCCCAGGGGGCGCUUCCAUGCCCGCCCUCGCCCUGCCUCCAGCGUCGACUGGAGGCGCCGUCCCCCAGACGUGGGGCGCCUCCGGGCCGAGUGGUCAGGGAGACAGGCCUGCGGCACCUCGUCGAGGACCGCUUCAGGAGCUGUGGGAUGUGAUCUCUGGGCGGAGACAGCCGGAGGCGCGCGCGGAGACGGCGGAAACGCGUGCGUGGGGCGCUGGCGGGGGCGCAGGGACAUCGCUGCCGCGAGAGACCCCGGGGGGUGCAGAGACCGCGAGAGAGGGAGAACGAAGCGAACUCAGAGGCGACCGCGGCGGCGUUGGAAGACGCCAUGGCCAGGCAGCGAGACGCGAGAGUGUGCACAGUGAGGGGACAGGAGGCGCGGGUGAGGCGGGAGAAGACGGGACUGGCGCCAGCGCGAGUGGUCUUGUGCAGCGCAGAGCGAGAAUCACGACUUUCUACCUCCCCGACGAGUCGGACCGAAGGCACGCCGAAGCGGUUGCGGCCGCGGCGCGUGCGGGGAUUCCCCUGGAGUUCCUUCACCUUCUCCCGCCCGAGCCGCCUCGCCUCUCCCCGACGAUCUCCUGUAUAGGGCGGUACCUCGGCGUCCUCGCGGAGACAGAGCGACAGGCCGCGGCCGUCGACGCGGCCGCGAUCGCAGCGCUCAACUCGGGAUCAGGCGCCGCGGCGGCGAUGGCGGGCGUGGCGUCCCGAGCCGCGGAUGCCGAGCCAGAAGAGGCGCCCUUGCUGUCCGAGGUGCCUCUCUCUCCGCCCCAGGUCCGCUCGCUGCAGUUCUUCGCCGCGUGUCAGCAUGCGAAGAGAGAAGACGUAUUUGACCGUUGGGCCGAUUGGUUCCCAGACGCGUUCCAGCAGGAAGACGACAUGGAGGCGCCCAUUGCCCUGGCCCCCCUAGGCACAUGCAACCUUCGCGGCCAGCGCUUCACGCGGUGCGCCGGAAUUUCCGGGGGGCGGUUUCGAGACAGUUGCGGGAGGAGCGGGCUGUGUGUGGGACAGCAACUCGUCUCUCUGGGAGAGUCCACUGCGGCCCCACUGCUGGGUGGCGUCGCGCCCUGGCUGCCAGACGGCGAGUCGUGUCGCAGCAGAAGAGAGAGUCUGAGCAGCAACGGCAGCCAGAGUUCAGGGACUGCAGGGGUAGUCGCUCGACAAGCAGCGCUCGCUGCCGUGUGCAGUCGAACCGUCUUCCGAAGGCUCCCUCCCAUCAGCGACAUUCAGCCCGGAUGGAUCCUCCGAAUUCACGCCUUGGGAGGCCGCAGAGGCGCGGCAGGGGCGCCGGGGGGCGUCUGUGGACGGCGUGGCAAGUCUGCAGGGCGGCGCGUCGGGGCCCGGAAGACUUGCCCUCGGGGGCCUCUGGCCAGUCUGUGGGGAGGAGACCCGAUCGAGGCUGCGGGGGUCUCGGGAAAGCGGACACCGAACGCGGCCCCACAGGCCGGCGGAGACCCUGGCCCACAGUCGCCCGCGCGCCUGUCCCUCUCGCCAGUCUCGGCUGCCUUAUGUUCUGCAGGGUGGGCGACCGCCAAAGACGACCCUGCGCCGCUUGGGAGACAGCGCGGUUCAACAGGAGACCACGGCAGAGAUGGUUCGCCACCUGGCGACGGCUCCGACCCGCGACGGGGUGACGCUCACCUGGGGGCUACAGAGUCGGAAGAGAACGGAGACAGGGAAGUGGAUAUCUUUCUCGAAGCCCAGCGGCGGAGGGGCAGGCGGCGUCACCAGAUCCUCGAAUCGCUGUGGCUUAAUGAGGCUCUGGAGGGCCCCCCCGUCUUUGGGCUCCGCUGGCGCCCGUGCACCAUCUCGCGGUGCCGGCGCCGCGGGCUCGUUGAGGUCUUCCGGGGGAAAGCCCCGGCGGCGAAACGCGAGUCUGGAGCCUCAGGCAGCGACGCGACGUCGCCUAGUCGCGUGCACCGCAGCGCGGCCAGUUACCACUCCACAGUCUUGCGCAGCAGCAGUAGGAGCAGCACCGAGACGAGCGGCGGGAUUUUCGUCUCGAGUCGAGAAGGCGAGCCGGAGGGUGGCCGGCGAGGAAGUCGCCGGCGAAGAAGGCGACGCAGAACCACCAGUCUGAGUCAGCUCAGCUCCGCGGCAGCUGCGCGACCCCAGGAAGGGACAGGCGCGCCGGAGCCCCCCGCAGAGAGUGGAGCCAGAAGCGGGGCUCGGGGGGAGCGCCGCCACGGGCGACAGAGUGCCCGGAGCGCUCAAGGCCGCGCCGGAGAGGGAAGCAGGGGGGCGAUCAGCCCUCUCGCACUCGAGGCCCGGGCGAUGCUGCUGCGGGCCCAGAUGCGAGGCGUGCUCGGGCGCAGCUUGGGCGCAGGCGAAGGGACACCUGCGGGGGCGACUGGAGCCGCGGCGCGGCGGCUCGCAGCGAUGGCGGUUCGGGGCCUCGGAGCCGGCCGCGGCGCCGCAGGGACUGUGGAGGCAAGGUAUCUGUCUCUAGCUCGUAUCGCGUUUCUCUCAGCCGGACGCUGGCAGACUUUUCCUGCAGCUGAGGCGCUGAGGGGCUGGCGGGAGGAGGAGGCGGCAGUGGCGGGGGAAGACGACGACGAGAGCGAGGAAGACGAGGACGAAGAAGAGGACGACCUCGAGGAAGUGAUGCGAGCUUUGGACGGAGAAGACGAAUUCGGCGACGCACCAGAAGGACAAGAUGACACGCGCCUCGCUGCCAGAGAAAGCAGCGCUGCGACGGCUUUCCUGCAACGAGGAAGCGAGGAGCACCGCGGACAUGAACUGAGCCGCCGGGCACCCGACCGCGACGCGUCUGCUCCAUUCUUAGAAGGUUCGAGGUGGCCCGCGUCGCCGUAUGGCGGUCCCAGUGGGAGACGAGGCGACAGGAGCGUCUUCCUCUCUUCCGGCGGCAGCGGCGGCGAGAGAAGUGGAAGAUUCGAGCGGGCCCAGGGACGGGGUGGCGGGCGGCGGCGAGCUAGCCGGCACCAGAGAGGAGCGGAGAGAGAAGGAAGCGUUGGAGCCGGGGCUGCGCGCACCGGUUCCGGGACAGGAGACCGUCUUAGUGGGGGGUCGGCACACCCUCACAGUCUCUCCACUGGAAGAGAGGAGACACGACGGGGACGAGACGCCGCGGCCUCUGUAGCUGGCCUUGUCAUGAUGCUCAUGAGAGACCGAGCGGAGACGACGACGGGGCCUCGCGGGCCAGACCCGCCUCGAACAGCGACGGAGAGUGGAAGGCCUGGACGCUUCGAAGGGGGCGACGAGCAGGGUGCCCAGUGGCGAGGCAGCUCCGACAGGACAUCGAUGGCUCUAGGGAGCGCCCUGGCGAUGGCGCAGAUGAUUGAAGCAGCGGUCUCGCAUUCCGUGGCGGUUGCGGCGGGCGAGCGAGACACCAAUGCGCCUGCGGCAGCCACUGGGGCGUCGCCAGCCGCUCCUUCCCAAGGCCCGACAUUCCCCGCGGCCUUCUCCUUCCCCACAUCCGCCCCUUCGCCCCCGCCGCUUCCCGCGCCCCCCGACACUUCGCCAGGAGUCGCCUCUGAGCAGGUGGUAGGUGUUCCUGGCACCGUCCACGCAGCUGCGGCUUCUGCGUCGCCGACAGGAGUCGAGACCAGUGGUGAACGGAUGCGUCCGGGCGCUUCGGGCGGCGCCAACCUGGCCGCGUCCGUUUCCUCUGCACACGCGGCGAGCUCUCAGGUGGCCGGUGGAGUCACGGCUUCUCCCACUGCCUCGGGGUCGACAGGGAGUGUCAGCACCGAGGGGAGUGGUCAGGCGGUGUUUCCUGGAGACACGUCGCUCCCGCCUUCCUCGGGUUCAGGGCGAAGUGUCUCGGCCUCGGGGAACCUGGCUCUCGGCGCUCCCGUGCUUCCGCCGGGGGCGUCUUCUCGCGCCAGCGGCCACGCCCCGACUGUUUCCUCGUUUGUCCCUCCCCCGCCCCCGCCUCUCCCGACUCUCGGCGCGAGCUUCCUGGAUCCCUUUGGAGCUGCAGGGCCAACAGGCCCGCUCGGCGGCCCAGGGGCCGGCUUCGCUUCGCCGGCGACGUCGCACCCCACAUCCCCAGGUGGCGGACUCGUGACGCAGCCUGCGUCGCUUCCUGCGUCUCCACCACCAGUGAGUUCUGCGCAACCUGCGGGAGGAACGGGCUCCACGGGCGGGGUCGGAGCGUCGGGUGUCACGCCUCCUCCCCCUCCACCGCCUCCGCCCCCUCCGCCGCCGCCGCCUCCGCCGCCGUUGCCCGCGGGGGCUCUGGGCGUGUCCCGCGCAGGAGGGCCCACGGGUGGGGCGACGCGAUGGAGACACGUGUCCCUCGGCGUAGACAGCCACGGACAGGGAACAGGGGUGUCUGGGGGCUCAGGAACCCUUUCUGGCCUCCAACAAGAGUCUCAUCAAGCUAGUUCGGCACCUGCGACCGUGUUGGGCUCCAGAGUCGGGGCGGUCGGCAACAGCUCCGCGAGAAGCACAAGCGAGCAGGGAGGGGAGUCUUGGAACGACGGCGAGCGGCAAAGCAGGCGGCGCCAUACGCGCAUUUAUCGGCAGCAGGUUCCCCGUCUCUUGGGGUCCCAAGAAGGCUCGUUGUUCGACAGAGCGCGCGGAGGAAGGAGAGAAAAGAAGUCCUCGUGGACGGAGAUCAAGGGAGAGAAGAAGCGGGAGAAGAGAAACAAAGAGAACGAGAAGCCUCCUGUAGGAUGCGCAGCCGGAGUACGGGGAGGCGAUCUCGUGGAAGAGAGGGCGAGGAGAGAAACGGAGACACCCGAGAGAGAAAUAGAGACGCGCCUCUGCAAGAAGCCUGUCUUCACUGUGGAGGCACAGCUCCGCGGAGGCGGCGUCGGCGCGUCUAUCGCGGGAGAAAGCAAGCUUCUUCAAGUGGUCUCCCAGCAGUCUCCCCAACUGGCUGCGGAGCCUCCUCCGCCGACAUCGCCGAAUUCGCUCGCUGCGUAUUCUUCUUCGCCGCCUCUGUUUCCGUCUUCUGCCUCUUCGGCUGCGGCCUUCUUCGCCCUCCUCCCCAGCCUCCUGUCUUCAAACGGUGGAGCUUCUUCGCUCUUGCCUGUCUCUCUUCUCCAACAGACACACAGAGUCCAGCACGGCGAGUCUUCGCCCCACUCACCUGCUGUCUCUCGUUCGGCUUCAUCGGCGUCUCUCUCUGCGCCGCUCCUCCCGUGGCUGUCCUCGUCGGCGGCGAGCGCUCUGAGCUCCUGUCUCCCUUGCGCCCCGCCCGUGUCUCUCUCGGCCGCUGAGGUUCCGCGAGGAGCCGGCGCCUGCUCACGCUGCAGACGCGCCGAGUGUCUCUGCGGGUCCGCGGCUGUCUUCCGCCACGGGGCUUCUCUCAGGAGUCAGAGACGUGUUCUGCCGUCGCUCGCCGCCUUUCCUGCGCUGGCGGCGAUGCUGCACAGAUCCGACAGGGCCUCUGGCGGGGCAGCCCCGCAGCCUGGGACGGCCUCGGGGUCACCUUCGCCACUGCUUAGCGACGGGGGGAUGCUUGCUCUCGAGUUGGAUUUGGGCCCAGCCUUCCACUUUCACUCUAACUUCACGUGCGCCGUCAGUCGCGAACAAACCUCGACGAAAAAUCCAGCGAUUCUCCUGACCUGUGGCCACACCAUUUGCAGUUCUUGCGUCGAGCGCGUGACAUCUCGCCGCAGCCGACAGACCCUGCGGUGUCCCAUCUGCCCCACUCAUGUGUCUAUCUCUGAGUCCUGCCCUGUUCCCUCUCACUGGGGUUUCCCCGAAAAGAUUUCCAACACGCGAUCGGCACACUUUCCGGAGGAGGGAGAGCUCUAG